AUGCGAAGUUUGUUCUGGACUCGAGUCCAGAGUUCUCUGGACGCCUUGCUUGGCAGAAGACCUCCUCCGUCCCUUGGCUUCGCUUUCGACGUUGGAACGACGUUGCCUCAGUCUUCAUCGUCUUCUGGAUACGGCAUUCGCGAGAUGAUCAACGACAUGAGAAUCGUCUUCGGCGUUCCCAAGUACCGAACCAGUAAACGUCCGUUUUUAGUGUUUCCUGAAUUUCGAAAAAUGAUUGAGAACGCGUAGAGAAGCCUGGAAGUUUUUUUUCUAAUUUCGGAGGAUUAUUUCAGAAAGAUUUUGAGGUCCUCUGGUUCAGUUCAUUACAAAAACUCUGAUAAUUUUGAUUUCUUUUUUUUCAGCCAAGAAAGUGACUCGUAAAUUCUCGUAUACGCGACUUCUUCAGCCGGUCGAAAAUCUCGUUUCUUGUCCUUCUUGCUCUAAUAUCCAUCCCUCGGACACGAUCUGCGAGAAGUGCUAUGAAAAGGUCAGUUUUUCCUAUUAAAAGAAGUUGUAAAAUAUUGAAAACGGUUCGAUUUGGAUCAUUAGCCUUCAAAAUUGAAAUCUGCGGUCAAAACUUAAAAGAAAAAAUAACGUUUUCUCUUUUGAUCACAUGAGAAAAAAGUUUGAGAAGGGUUUUAGUAAUAAGAAAAUAGGCUUUGAUUGAAUAUAAGCUGUGAAAGUUUAGAACGGAAGAAAGCUUUUUUUGGCUAGCUGUUUUGAAAGAUGUGUGAUUGAAUGAAUAUUCGAACUUUUCCGAAUUAUAGUAAUUUAAUUUGAAGAUCAAAAAAAACUUUUCGAACGUGCUCAUUCGAAGGAUUUAGGUCCGGUUGCUGACAAACGAUAUAAAGAGAAAAAUGAUGGAUUACAAUCCGUACGUCGGCGAAAAACAGGAUAAAGAGGUUGGUCGAAACGCAUUUGAGAAAGGAACAUUUGAAAAGAGUUUAUUAUACAUACAGUCGUAUAUAAAUGGCUCCUACGUGGGAGCCAAUAGUCGUCUCUAGAAUAGAUGAAAGCGGGCUCUUCAGUUUUCAAAGCUUCAUUUAACCCAAUUUUUUCCGGUCCAAGGAUCCCUCGUAGUUCAGAGACCUCAGUCUUUGGAGAUCAAUCGAUUUUUUCUGGAAAAAUUCCGUUUUUCUGUACAUUGUCUCUCGCUCCGUUCAUAGUUUCUCACGAUUCGAUCUUACAGAUCUAUGUGAAGUUUGGCAACGAGACUUUGCCGGAAGACGGCGUCGUGGACGGGAAAAGAGUCGUGGAACUGGAGCAGGACCGGCCGAGCUGGUUCCGAAAAAUUUUGACGAAGAAAAAUUAGGAUUUCGUUCGUCUUUUCCAAAUAUUAUUUGUUAAGUUUGUUUUUGAAAAUCCGUCAAAAAUUUUUAACUGUAGUUUUUUUGUUUAGGAUAUAAAAAUUGUUUGCUGUUUACAUUUUUAGGAAAAAUCGUCUAAUAAAAAAAGAUUUUUUUAAAAAUAUAUUUCGGCAAUGAAAAAUUGAAAAAGAAUUUCGAAGUCGGCUCAUGAGAAGAAAUGUCACACAGUUCGGGUAAUUUUUUUGAAAGUUUAGGUUAAGAUCAAAUUUUUCUACUCACAGGUAAUGUGAAAAAAAUAAUUUAUGAAUAUUAUUUGAAGUUUUUUUCGUGGAUUUGUUUAAAAAGAGUUGAGGAGCUUUAUAAAAGGAGAUAUAACUUCGAAAAAACCGAAAAAAAAAUUUACCAGCGUAUAAAGUUGAGAUAUGAGAGCACCUGUACAGUAUUUUCAGUUUUUCAAAUGUUUCAAAUGUGUAGUGAGAAGUUUUUCAUCACCAAUUUGCAUCAGUUUUCCGAGACCGGACUUUUUUUAGAGACUUUUUUUGAAAUUAAGAGACGUCUCCUUUUUUCAAAUGUCUCAGACUAAUGUUAAAUUAAGUUUUCGGAAAUGCCAAGUUUGCUUUCUACCAAAUUCCAUCAUUUUUUCGUUACUGGAUCGCUGACAUUCACCACUUUUCAUGUCGUGCGCCAAUUCAACACCAAUUUUUGCCCCUAAGCCGCAGGUGUUGAACCGAAGGCUAGGAAAGGUGUGUCAUUUCAACCAUUAAUGGAGAUGCACACGCGAGCAACAACUACCGUACACCUGGGUUGUUUGCUCACAGAGCCGCGGGAGUCUAAUGAAGGCGAGUCACGUCAGGAUUCCUCUGUAUCAACUUGCGCGGAGGCGAUACGUAUGCAUGGACAUGGGGUUAAUGGCCGGUCGCGUGACUUGUCGCCUUCUGUCUUGGUCGCCUGUACCCGGCCGUCGCCAAGAGGAAGCCCCGGCCCGGGUGUCGGUAAAGAAGAAUUCUCGGGCGAAAAUCCUCGAAAGCUUCAUUCAAAUAAAGAUCUUCUAA